AUGCCUAGGGAAAGGGAGAAUAGCGAUGCAUCGGGCGCCCCCGGCCAAUCAAAACGGCCGCCAUUGCAACACCGCGAAAGCAGCUCUUCUCAAAUCGGCGGCGACACCCAUCACCACCGCGCAAAGGGCCCCAAGCACGUAGUCGGCGGUUCACGACUGCACGGAAAAGUCCCCUCCUCCAAAGGCCUACACAAACACCAUGGCUCGACCUCCAUGGUGAAGCUGAAUCGUACUGGCACCGCCGCGAGCCGACAAGGAGAAUCACCUACAUCGCCUGAUCGACCGCCUGAUCGACCGCAAGUCCACCGCCGCGCAACGUCCCAGGACCUCGUGACCGUCGCUACCAACCUCAAGAACACUUCUACGACAGCCCUGAAGCGCAAUCGAUCGAAUGCCGACGUAGCUGGAAUUGGAAAAGGCAAGGCCAAGUCUUCAUCCAAUCUGCUCAAGCGCUCCUCAUCCAACCCCGCCGUCCACAAGCUCAAGGGCGAACGACAUAGCAAGGUCCACUUUAACAUAGGGGACGACGGUCAGGACGACGACGACGAGGAGGAAGAUCAGGACGAGUGGGUGGACGCCAGCACAUCAGCCUCCCCUCUCCUGUCGCGGCGCGGGUCGACAAUCAACGGUGCCGAGACAUCAAACGAGAACCACCUGCAUCCAUUGGCGUCCGCCGUACCGCCUCAGGGGCAGCUUGACAACUCGCGAGUAGCAUAUCAGUUCCCUUCGCAACAGCAGCGUGUCCAGCCCAGUAAUAAUACUGUUGCUCCCGCCAGCAAUAUCUCCCAGCAGCAACAACAACAACAGCAGCAACAACAGCAACAAGUGCAACAACCCUCGAAACCGCCUACCAACAAGAAUAGCAGUAGUCAGACUAGUAUUGCGCAUAGCACUACCAGCCAGACACAUAGCCAGCUUCUUACAGAACGCAUUCUGAAGCGAGUACCAUCCAUGAUUUCUGUGCCCAAGAUGUCCACAGAAAGCGUACAGGUCCAGCUAAACGCCCCACGGCCGACGUCUCCUGCUUCGUCGAUUCUUUCUUCUCAAGUACGCCCAGGAAGCAGCAGUGGAAGAGAGGAGCUACUCACCUCGCGGUUUGUCGGAGGUGAUCAGGUUGGAUCUACCGGGAAUCCCAGCAACCCCGGUGAAUCAUUUCUUACCAGCAUCCGAGCCACGGCAGAGAACGGUACCUCACGAUCAAUGGGAAGUCUCGAGCAUGCCGGCCACCAAGGUUCCAAACUCGGGGCGGACUCGGACGACGAAGGUACUGGAGUGACAGAGAUCAGGAGAACCACCAGAAGACGAAACGGCACUCAAACCAGCGUCUCCAGCGGCGUAUAUGGCGCUCUUAAAGAUCUGAACAGAACCCAGCAGAAACUUGAGCUCCAGCGAGCCAGCUCAACCCUGGACCAGCCGCACGUCCCACCUCACCACCCAACCCUUGGCCCACUGACCCCUGGCCUCAACGGAAACGGGUACGACAACCGCGACCCCCGCCUCACCAAAAUCCUCGAGCGUACAGGCAUGGAGUACCUCGUCGUCCGGCGCUACCAAAACCCGGUAGCUCGCUCAAUAGCGCGCAUAGCUCAAUAUCAGGCUCUGCAGAGCGGGUCUCUGAACAUGAACGGUGGCGGCCGCUCUUCCCGACCAGGAACUUCCCACUCCAAGCGCGGCUCCGAACUAGGCGGUGGCCGACCCAGUUUCCUCCGCGACGGCAGAGAACCGCGAGACUCCUUCCUCGCCCAGGCGACCAUCAACGCCAACCACCAGCACAGCAACUCCAUGUCCGCCAUCCCCUCCAAGGCCGUCUCUGCCGCAGCCCGCUUUUCUGGGUUAGGCGGAAUCGAGACCAGGGCUAAUAGUACCAGCUCUAGCCUCUACGGCGAUGGAGACGGCGGACAGCCGCAUGUAGGCAUGUUGAAUGGUGCCAACGGUGGUUCCAGCUCGAGAUUGAGCGGAUCAAGCUUGGUUGAUAGGAGCGAACAUGCGGAGACGCAGGCGAUUCUGAGGGCCUUGUGGGAUAAGAGUCUGGAUCUGAGCACUAGCCAGGAAUAG